UCAAUACAUAUGUAUGUAUAAGAGACACGUUGUACCACUAAAAACGUCUGUCUGCUUUAUGGAGCUUCACACGAGUAUUUACAAUCACGUGCGACAUUUGUGCUCGAUUAAAUAAAUACCUAUGCUGACGCGAGUAUUUGCGAAAAACCGAUCAAGGAGACAUUUAAUUUUCCCGGCUGCGCAAGUGCCACUGCAUGCCAUUUUCAUUAAUAAAUUGUCUUAACUUGUAGAUCGACAAGCAACAAUUUAAGUGUUAAUUUUGCUGAUUUGAUACUGAAGUUUAUGUUGUCUAAAUAUUAUUGGAAGAUGUGGGCUAGGGUUCCAUUGCUGAGAACAGCUGCAAAAGCUCAGUUGUUGAAUAAUUCUCUAGGGACUACUUGCAAAGUUACAACCAUGUCUAAGUUUGAUUUGCCUGAUCGUUUCGUGGGAAAUGACAAGUCUGUCUGGGUUGAGUAUAUUGAGCUUUCAUUGAAGUACAAGCCACUCAAUCUUGGACAAGGAUUUCCAGAUUUUCAUGCUCCAGAAAGUGUGAGGCAGGCUUUGGCUAAAACUACCCUUGGUGAAAAUCCUCUUCUAAAUCAAUAUACAAGGGGUUUUGGUCAUCCAAGAUUAGUCAAUGCUCUUGCCAAAUUGUAUUCAAAGCUCAUAAACAGAAAUUUGGAUGCAAACAGUGAAAUUCUUGUCACAGCUGGAGCAUACGAAGCUCUGUAUGCCACACUUCAAGGUCAUACCAAUCCAGGAGAUGAAUGGAUUGUUAUUGAACCAUUUUUUGAUUGCUACGAACCUAUGAUAAGGGUAGCUGGAGGUGUCCCUAGGUUCAUACCAUUAAAACCGACAAAAACCAGUGGUAAAAUUUCAUCUAGUGAUUGGAAAUUCGAUGAAAAAGAAAUGGAAAGUUUGUUCAAUGAGAAAACAAAGGGUAUCAUUGUGAAUACUCCGCACAACCCCAUAGGCAAAGUAUUCACGCGUGAUGAAUUACAAUUCAUUGCUAAUUUGGCAAAAAAAUGGAAUACACUUGUAGUAUCAGAUGAAGUGUACGAGUGGUUGGUUUAUAAACCAUAUGAACACAUAAGAAUUGCAUCACUACCUGAUAUGUAUGAAAGAACAAUUACAAUUGGUUCCGCUGGCAAAACUUUCAGUGUUACUGGUUGGAAGACUGGCUGGGCUUAUGGACCAGCAAACCUUAUGAAAAAUUUACAAAUCGUUCAUCAGAACUCACUUUACACUUGUACAACUCCACUCCAGGAAGCAGUUGCUAUAGGAUUUGAAGAAGAGCUGAAAAAGUUUGGACAACCAGACUGUUAUUUUACAAGUCUUGCAGAAGAAUUAAUGCCGAAACGAGAUUACAUGGCAAAGUUUUUAUCUGAAGUUGGCAUGUAUCCCACAGUACCUGAGGGAGGAUAUUUUAUGGUAGCAAAUUGGACUGCUUUAAAAGACAAAGUUACGUUGGAGGAAGAAACUGAUACUUACAAAGAUUACAAGUUUACUAAAUGGAUGACGAAAAAUGUUGGAAUUCAAGGCAUACCACCCUCAGCAUUUUAUAGCGAGGAACACAAGUAUUUAGGAGAAGAUAACGUCCGGUAUUGUUUUAUCAAGAAAGAUGAAAACCUCAAACAAGCAGAAGAAAUUUUAAUGAAGUGGAAAUCGCAAAAAUGAAACAAGUUUACAGGUAAAGUACAAUACUGCCACAUGUUUUGUGAUUAAAGCUACGAAAAACUUGUACAGAGCUUACUUACAAAAAAUUUUGAAAGUUUUUAUUUUUUUACAUUGGAAAAAUUAUUUUCCUACCAUGUAAAACCUUUAUCCCUUAUCAACAGAAUUAUAUUGUAUAGGCAAUUUGUCAAAAUGUUAAUAAAAAAACGAUUAUAGUAA